GCCAAUCCAUUUUUAUAUGUUUCCCAAUAUUGUUGCUAUCACUUUCUUACAUGUCUUUUAACACAGAGGUCACCAACGCGAUCAUAUGUUUGUAACCCCAGGAUCUCUCUGUAGGACACCUUCGCUAUCCACAGAUUACUUAUCUUUGACGCAGUAUGACGGUUGUGGACCUUCUGGGAUCCUGACCACAAAUCCUUAUUUUGGUGCCGGAUUUGGGCUGGUAGGUGUCGGAACCGGAAUGGCAGCACUGCGGAAAUUAAGUCAGUAUGGUUUGAUCCUGCUGCGAAGAAACUACCUGAUCAGCUUGGAGGUUCCGAGCUCAGACAAGAGCUACCGCUGGCUGUUGCACUGGAUCUCCAACCGAGCGUACAAGCGCACGCAGCAUCUUAGCGUUCACACCAAGUACCAUCAGUCAGACACGGGCCGUGUCUUCACGUACUUUGACUUUGUGCCGAGCCCCGGUGACCACUUUUUCAGGCAACAAGGCAACUGGUUCAAAGUGGAGCGAAACCGCGAGAAAACGAUGGGGGACAUCACGACGGGGGUACCCUUCGAGACCGUCUCGUUGACGGCCGUCGGGCAAAACAAGCAAUUGUUUAUUGACAUUCUCGAUGAGGCGCGAGCAAUUGCACUCAAAGAGCAGGAGGGCAGAACGGUCAUGUACACACCGAUGGGUGCCGAAUGGCGACAGCUGGGGUACCCAAAGCGCAAACGUCCCUUGCACUCUGUCAUUCUUGAUCAUGGCAUUUCAGAAGGAAUAUUUAAAGACAUCAACGAAUUCAUUUCCAGCGUCAAGUGGUAUACAGACAGAGGUAUCCCCUAUCGCAGGGGUUACUUGCUUCACGGACCCCCAGGUUGUGGGAAAAGCAGUUACAUUGUAGCCCUGGCAGGUGAGCUGGAUUAUCACAUUUGUGUGAUGAACCUCAGCGAACGCAGCCUCACGGAUGACCGAGUGUCUCACCUGCUGACCACAGCACCCGAACAGAGCAUCAUCCUCCUCGAGGACAUUGAUGCUGCUUUUGUCAGCCGGGAUCUUUCUGUUGAAAAUCCUGCUGCUUACCAAGGGUUUGGCCGUUUGACCCUCAGUGGUUUACUCAAUGCCCUGGACGGAGUCGCUUCCGCAGAAGGACGCAUCGUUUUCAUGACGACUAAUUAUUUAAACAGACUUGACUCUGCACUGAUCCGACCUGGUCGAGUGGAUAUCAAAGAGAAGAUCGACUUUGCCUCAAAGCACCAAAUAAAGACCAUGUUUCUGCGCUUCUAUCCGGAGGAACUCGAGAGCAUGGCAGAACAGUUCGCCGACCAGCUUUUAGCCGAGAGCCAGGAAAUCAGUGCUGCCCAACUCCAGGGUUACUUUCUCAUGUACAAAUCAGACUCAAAAUCUGCUCUUGACAAUGUACAGCAGCUACCGAAAUUUUAAUUUUGAAAACAUUAUUUAAAACUUCCAAGUGUUUGUGCCAAGCUCUGAUGUCAGUUUUGGCAUGGUUCCUAUAGCUGGGUGCUUUUCCUCACACCAAACCACCUUACAGUGUGUACUGGGUGCCCUUAUUGCAUCACUGGCACGAGUGACUUUGACCAUUAUCAUCAUCAUUAUAUUAAUGUCCAUUUUUCCAUGCUUGUAUGGGACAGUUUUUUUUUUCAAUACUUGGAUGUGUUACCUGUUACUGUCACCUGUUUCCAAGCAAGGUAACAUUUCCUUAUUUCCUCAUUAGCUAGAAAUGAUUUUUCACAGAAGAAUGGAAAGAAAUGACACUGCUUAUAUGACAGUGACACUUCUUUACAGCUAUCAAGACCAGGUGACACAAACACUAACACACACACACACAUACUAUGUAUGUGUUUGUGUGUAUGCAUAUAUAUAUAUAAUAAUA